AUGCUCUAAAAUAACAAAAUUGGGGCAUAAGGAGCAUUAGAUUUGUGCUAUGGUUUGGCUUGCUGUUAUAAACUUUAGAGCUUGGAUCUCAAUUUUAGCUUUAAUUAAAUUGAUCUUUAGUGGAAAAAAGACUUAUUUUCUGCUUUAACAGAUUUCACUUUUGUUUCAAAUCUGACCCUGGACUUUUCUAAUAACUAAAUUGAUCCAUAAGGAGUAAUAAAUUUGGGUCGCUCUUUGGUAAAAUGUGUUAAUCUCCAAGGCUUAAAUCUGCUUAUUAAUGCAAAUAAAAUUGGAGAAUAGGGGGCAUAAGGUUUAAUUUCUGCUUUGCUUAAUUGCAGUAAACUUUCAAAAUUAUAACUUGAUCUCAGAUUUAAUGAAUUUGAUGGAGCAAGUAUAGCAACAAAUAUAAGAAGAAAACUCAUUAAGUUGAAAAGAUUGGUUAUUAAAAUAAUAUUGUUAUGA